GGGAGGCGGGAAUUCGUCUCGGGCUGUGUGGUUGAAGGGUCUGGUGAGUGCUGGAGUCGAGGAAAGAUACGGCGGCCCCAAGCCUGCACACCAGGCCGGGGAAGUAGCAGUCCCGUCAGGAAGAGGGAGGAGGAAGGGCUCGUGCCCUUUUUCUCUUCCAGGGCUCCGCUUUAUUUGCUCUCAGAAGUCGGUUUCCUUUUCUUCAGUGAAUCGGAGCUCAGAGCGUUGCUUCGGUUUCCCUCCAGACAGGCAAGUCGGAGGGAAGUCAACGGAAAGGGCUUGAGUCCUUCUGCAUCGCCUGCGGGCCCAUCGGUGGUGACUGGAUCACCAGGGCCUCGGGGAUCUCAACUGGCUCGGGGAGGAGGGAGAUACGGGGCAGAAAACCUGAGGAGGGAGCCUAUCCUUACCUCCUUUGAGCGCAGGCCUGUUCUUAGCCCGGGCGCUGCGUUAAUUCUUGGCGGGAGGCAGAGGGGUGUGUUUAUCCUUUAUGCAAUGUUUGGGGGAAGCUACCCCAUUUUGACACUAUUGUUGCCACAGCCGGGGUACAGGACGGGCUGAUUUCUAGAUUAUAUCUGAGUAACUAGGCCAGCGUUGAGUUGCUGAUUCAUAUUAAAAGGUUAGAUUCCACCAUACCUCAUUCUCAGAGCUUUACAGAUAGAAUCGCAAAAUGUUAAGAGCUGGAAAAUACCCUAGAAUAAUGGUUCUUCUUUUGGAACACACAAGCAGUGGUGAAUGUUAUUAUUGGCUUCAUAAUCUACUGAAUUGCUAUUUUAACCAUCUCUUCGUCCCCAGAUUGAAUUUACAAUUUUUUCCCACGACCGCAAAUAAUUCCGUAUUUAAUAACAAUGCAUGUAAUUUCCCCCGCUAUUUUGAUUUCCUUGAGAUAUAUUUACGGGAAGAGAAAUCUAUGGACGUUUUCUUCAGAAAAAUGCAACCAUGUACAGAAACUUAUGCUUGCAAUUUCAAGAGGUCAUUGUCUCUGAAUUACAUCCGUGGAUCCUAGGUUAAGAAAAGUGGUUUAGAAGAGUUAGGAAUCUGAAAUAAGCAGGAAAGCACUAUGUCUUCAGUGUGGUCUGAAUAUACAAUUGGCGGGGUGAAGAUUUACUUUCCUUAUAAAGCUUACCCGUCACAGCUUGCUAUGAUGAAUUCUAUUCUCAGAGGAUUAAAUAGUAAGCAACAUUGUUUGUUGGAGAGUCCCACAGGAAGUGGAAAAAGCUUAGCCUUACUUUGUUCUGCUUUAGCAUGGCAACAAUCUCUUAGUGGGAAGGCAGCAGAUGAGGGCAUAAGUGAAAAAGCUGAAGUACCAUUGUCAUGUUGUUGUACAUGCCAUUCAAAGGAUUUUACAAACAAUGACAUGAACCAAGGAACUUCACGUCAUUUCAACUAUCCAAGCACACCACCUUCUGAAAGAAAUGGCACUUCAUCAGCUUGUCAAGACUCCCCUGAAAAAACCACUCUGGCUGCAAAGUUAUCUGCUAAGAAACAGGCAUCCAUAUACAGAGAUGAAAAUGAUGAUUUUCAAGUAGAGAAGAAAAGAAUUCGACCCUUAGAAACUACACAGCAGAUUAGAAAACGUCAUUGCUUUGGAACAGAAGUACACAAUUUGGAUGCAAAAGUUGAUUCAGGAAAUACUGUAAAACUCAACUCUCCACUGGGAAAGAUAAACUCCUUUUCGCCACAGAAAGCCCCUGGCCACUGUUCUAGGUGCUGUUGUUCUACUAAACAAGGAAACAGUCAAGAGUCAUUGAAUACCAUUAAGAAGGAUCAUACGGGGAAAUCCAAGAUACCCAAAAUAUAUUUUGGGACACGCACACACAAGCAGAUUGCUCAGAUUACUAGAGAGCUCCGGAGGACGGCAUACUCAGGGGUCCCAAUGACUAUUCUUUCCAGCAGGGAUCAUACUUGUGUCCAUCCUGAGGUAGUCGGUAACUUCAACAGAAAUGAGAAGUGCAUGGAAUUGCGAGAUGGGAAAAACGGAAAAUCCUGCUAUUUUUAUCAUGGAGUUCAUAAAAUUAGUGAUCAGCACACAUUACAGACUUUCCAAGGGAUGUGCAAAGCCUGGGAUAUAGAAGAACUUGUCAGCCUGGGGAAGAAACUAAAGGCCUGUCCAUAUUACACAGCCCGAGAACUAAUACAAGAUGCUGACAUCAUAUUUUGUCCCUACAACUAUCUUCUAGAUGCACAAAUAAGGGAAAGUAUGGAUUUAAAUCUGAAAGAACAGGUUGUCAUUUUAGAUGAAGCUCAUAACAUCGAGGACUGUGCUCGGGAAUCAGCAAGUUACAGUGUAACAGAAGUUCAGCUUCGGUUUGCUCGGGAUGAACUAGAUAGUAUGGUCAACAAUAAUAUAAGGAAGAAAGAUCAUGAACCCCUACGAGCUGUGUGCUAUAGCCUCAUUAAUUGGUUAGAAGCAAACUCUGAAUAUCUUGUAGAAAGAGAUUAUGAAUCAGCUUGUAAAAUAUGGAGUGGAAAUGAAAUGCUCUUAAACUUACACAAAAUGGGCAUCACCACUGCUACUUUUCCCAUUUUGCAGGGACAUUUUUCUGCUGUUCUUCAAAAAGAGGAAAAAAUCUCACCAAUUUAUGGUAAAGAGGAGGCAAGAGAAGUACCUAUUAUUAGUGCAUCAACUCAAAUAAUGCUUAAAGGACUUUUUAUGGUACUUGACUAUCUUUUUAGGCAAAAUAACAGAUUUGCAGAUGAUUAUAAAAUUGCGAUUCAACAGACUUACUCCUGGACAAAUCAGAUUGAUAUUUCAGACAAAAAUGGGUUGUUGGUUCUACCAAAAAAUAAGAAACGUUCACGACAGAAAACUGCAGUUCAUGUGCUAAACUUUUGGUGCUUAAAUCCAGCUGUGGCCUUUUCAGAUAUUAAUGGCAAAGUUCAGACUAUUGUUUUGACAUCUGGUACAUUAUCACCAAUGAAAUCCUUUUCAUCAGAACUUGGUGUUACAUUUACUAUCCAGCUGGAGGCUAAUCAUGUCAUUAAAGAUUCACAGGUUUGGGUUGGUACCAUUGGGUCAGGCCCCAAGGGUCGGAAUCUCUGUGCUACCUUCCAGAAUACUGAAACAUUUGAGUUCCAAGAUGAAGUGGGAGCACUUUUGUUAUCUGUGUGCCAGACUGUGAGCCAAGGAAUUUUGUGUUUCUUGCCAUCUUACAAGUUAUUAGAAAAAUUAAAAGAACGUUGGCUCUCUACUGGUUUAUGGCAUAAUCUGGAGUUGGUGAAGACAGUCAUUGUAGAACCACAGGGAGGAGAAAAAACGAAUUUUGAUGAAUUACUGCAGGUGUACUAUGACGCAAUCAAAUACAAAGGAGAGAAAGAUGGAGCUCUCCUGGUAGCAGUUUGUCGUGGUAAAGUGAGUGAGGGUCUGGAUUUCUCAGAUGACAAUGCCCGUGCUGUCAUAACAAUAGGAAUUCCUUUUCCAAAUGUGAAAGAUCUACAGGUUGAACUAAAACGACAAUACAAUGACCACCAUUCAAAAUUGAGAGGUCUUCUACCUGGCCGUCAGUGGUAUGAAAUUCAAGCAUACAGGGCCUUAAACCAGGCCCUUGGUAGAUGUAUUCGACACAGAAAUGAUUGGGGAGCUCUUAUUCUAGUGGAUGAUCGCUUUAGGAAUAACCCAAGUCGCUAUAUAUCUGGACUUUCUAAAUGGGUACGGCAGCAGAUUCAGCACCAUUCAACCUUUGAAAGUGCACUGGAGUCCUUAGCUGAAUUUUCCAAAAAGCAUCAAAAAGUUCUUAAUGUAUCCAUAAAGGACAGAACCAAUAUACAGGACAAUGAGUCUACACUUGAAGUGACCUCUUUAAAGUACAGUACCCCACCUUAUUUACUGGAAGCAGCAAGUCAUCUAUCACCAGAAAAUUUUGUGGAAGAUGAAGCAAAGAUGUGUGUCCAGGAACUACAGUGUCCUAAAAUUAUUACCAAAAAUUCACCUCUACCAAGUGGCAUUAUCUCCAGAAAGGAGAAAAAUGAUCCAGUAUUCCUGGAAGAAGCAGGGAAAGCAGAAAAAAUUGUGAUUUCCAGAUCCACAAGCCCAACUUUCAACAAACAAACAAAGAGAGUUAGCUGGUCAAGCUUUAUUUCUUUGGGACAGUAUUUUACUGGUAAAAUACCGAAGGCAACACCUGAGCUCGGGUCAUCAGAGAAUAGUGCCUCUAGUCCUCCCCGUUUCAAAACAGAAAAGAUGGAAAGUAAAACUGUUUUGCCCUUCACUGAUAAAUGUGAAUCCUCAAAUCUGACAGUAAACACAUCGUUUGGAUCAUGUCCUCAAUCAGAAACCAUUAUUUCAUCAUUAAAGAUUGAUGCCACCCUUACUAGAAAAAAUCAUUCUGAACAUCCGCUCUGUUCUGAAGAAGCCCUGGAUCCAGACAUUGAAUUGUCUCUAGUAAGUGAAGAAGAUAAACAGUCCACUUCAAACAGAGAUUUUGAAACAGAAGCAGAAGAUGAAUCUGUCUAUUUUACACCUGAACUUUAUGAUCCUGAAGAUACAGAUGAAGAAAAAAAUGACCUAGCCGAAACUGAUAGAGGAAAUAGAUUGGCUAACAAUUCAGACUGCAUUUUAGCUAAAGAUCUUUUUGAAAUUAGAACUAUAAAAGAAGUAGAUUCAGCCAGAGAAGUGAAAGCUGAGGAUUGCACAGAUACAAAGUUGAAUGGAAUUCUGCAUACUGAAGAAAGUAAAAUUGAUGACAUGGAUGGUAAUGUAAAAACAACUUGGAUAAAUGAACUGGAACUGGGAAAAACUCAUGAAAUAGAAAUAAAGAACUUUAAACCAUCUCCUUCCAAAAAUAAAGGCGUGUUUCCUGGUUUUAAGUAAUAAUACUUAACUCUCAAUCUAAGUAAAAAUAUGUCAUCAUGCUUAUGUUAAACUCUAUUUUCAGUAAUAAUUUGUACAUUGAAUAAGUGGCAUACUUUUUAAAAAACUAUUUUAUGUUCAGAAAUGUAAAUGUUAUUAUUCUUGAGUUUUUGGGUUUUUUUUUUUGAGACAGAGUCUUGGUCUGUUGCCCAGGCUGGAAUGCAGUGGUGUGCUCUUGGCUCACUGCAACCUUCACCUCCAGGUCCAAGCAAUUCUCCUGCCUCAGCCUUCUGAGUAGCUGGGACUACAGGUGUGCACCACCAUGCCCAGCUACUUUUUGUAUUUUUAGGAGAGAUGGGGUUUCACCAUGUUGGCCAGGCUGGUCUCGAACUCCUGGCCUCGUGAUCUGCCCUUCUCUGCCUCCCUAAGUUGCUGGGAUUACAGGUGUGAGCCACUGUGCCUGGCCUAUUCUUGAGUUUUGAUAAAGUAAUUCAUACAAAAUAUUGUCCUCAAAUAAGUCUUCCUUAGCUAAAUGCAAUUUAAGAUUAUUCAAAGAUCCUAGGGCACUUCUAGUUUCACGUAAAUAUUCAUAUUAGGUGUUUCUCUUCAUCCAUUUGUUUUCAUACUGAUACAUAAAAAUUAAUAGCAGUCUAAUCUAGUCACACCUCAGUCAUAUUUCACUAUAGAUUUUACCUCAAAUCAGUCCGAGACUUUUUUAGAGAUCACCAUUUGUCUUGAAAGGUUUAUUUCGUUAUUAAACUGCCUACUUAUAAGUAAUUAAGAGAAAUUAAGAAAGUAGUAUGCGUUUUUAAUUGAAAUUGUUUUACAUUCUUUGUAUAAUAAACCUAAAAUCAAACAUGUCAUAAACAAAUUGAUGUAAAGAUAUAAAAUGCCAAAUGAAGUAUUCUAGAUUUUCUAUUCUAAUUAUUUAUCUUCACCAUCAUUGUGGAAAAAAAUACUAGAUCCUGCUUAGUAUUAUAUAUUUUUCCUAGUGGAUCAGUGAGUAAUAAGUACCAAACACUAGACUAGAAGGUAAUUUCUACAUUGUUUAGAAAGGGUGAAACAAUUUAUCCCCUCUGGUAUUGGUCUAGCAUAAGCUUUAGUUAUACAAUGAUUAAGAUAGAAAACUUCAUAUAUAAAUUUGAUAAGCAAACCCACAUUUAUAGCUGCAGCUAAAAUAUGUUUCCUUAGAGUACAGUAAUCCUUUCUGUGAAUUUUGACCUUGUUUGUGUUUUUAUGAAUGAAGCUAUAUGUCUAAUCAAAAAUGAUUAUAAAAGAUGCUCAUCUCUGACAUCAUUCCAAAAAUACAUUCAUUGAUUUUUUUUAAGAAACAUCUGUUAUUCACUGGGCAUUGGGACUUUCUGUGAGUAAUUUGAAUUGAAAUUUUAUGAGCUAUCCAAGAAUUCUGUAUGGUCUAUUAUUUUCAAGUCAAAAUUUCCAGUAAGGAUUUAUUUUACAUUUCAUUUGGAUAAAUGAAUUAUUAUAUAGGUAUGUCUUUGCUUCCAUUUUGAGACAUUUAGAUUUUUACAGCUUGUUUCUAUAGCAUUUGAUGUUACAACUCUAAGCGUUGUUCAAAGACAUUUAAAUUGACAAUUUACCAGUUAAAGAAUUUAGAAUAUAUUAGAUCCCAUCUAGUAUUAUAUAUUUUUUCUAGUUGAUCAUUGAGCAGUAAGUACCAAAUACUAGAUUAGAAGGUAACUUUUACGUUGUUUUGAAAGGGCGAAACAAUUUAUCUCCUCUGGUAUUAUUCUUAAACCACAGAUAGGGAUAGUAGGGUAGUGAAACGAAUAAAUACCUGGUAAAAGACAAGAGACUUGGGCUCUACACCUGGCUCUGCCACUAAUUUGCUAAGUCAUAUUGGCAAUCACCACACCCUUCGGGGAAUUAGUUUCAUCUGUAAAAUGCAGAGGUUAGUACUAUAAAAUCAUACAAAUUUCUUUGUACUUUAAGAAUCUAUAAAGGAAUGUCUGUUGAUAUUCUGAGUCGAUUUUCAUUUGCUUUUGUUCCAGAACGGUUAAAAUAAAGCAUGUUAUUUCAUUAAAAAAGUAAA